UCUGAAGGAGCCUGAUCUUCACUCCCCUCAUCCCCCAGUAGCCCCAGGUGGCCCCUCCUAGGCCCCCCGCCUGACAGCACUGUGUGUCCUCUCAGCCCCUGGAGGACAACCAGGCCAUGGGGCGGCCCCAGCUGCUGCCCCAGCUGCUGCUGCUGGCAUCUCUGCAGGCUGGCAGCUCAGCCAGAUCCAAUAGACAGUUCUCCUAUGGGGUCGACCAACCAGCGCACCUCUCAGCCCCUGAGGGCGGCUCUGUGGACAUCCCCUUCUCCUUCUACUACCCCUGGGAGUUAGCCAAGGAGCCCAGGGUGGAUAUAGGCUGGAGACUGACACACUUCCACGGGGAGUACCUUUACAACAGGACGCUGUCUUUGACCCAUAACAACUACAAGAACCGGAUUGAGCUGACCUGGACCAAGGGGUCCAAGAAUGGUUCCCUCAGGAUCAGAAACCUGCGGAAAGAGGACGAGACUACAUAUUUCUGCCAGAUCCGACUGGACACACGGACAGAGGGCAGCAAGGCGUGGCAAUCCAUCAAUGGGACCAAACUGUCCAUCAUCCCCGAUCUUCCUAUACUACGCACUGGGGGCUUGGAACUUAAACCUGGUUUACCUGUCUCCAGAGCAGUGGGGGAAGGGGUCUCUCCCAGGCCCAGGCAAUAGGAGGUGCAUGGUCUGCAGAAAAUUAUUGAGAAAAUGAAAAAUCAGUAAGUUGGUUUGAUUUGUACAACCUCUUGUGCUGGCAAUUCUAAACCUUGUCAGUGAUGCAUUGCUGUCCCUUAGCCCCUGCCUUCCCCCUGCUAGGCACAGCCCCAUCCUGCCACCGAGCUGCUGUAAAAGCAGUGACUCAAUCCUGAAUCCAGCAGAAGAACCUUGGAUUUAUAUUUCCUACACUUCCUCCCUAUUUCUUCAAAUGGUCUUUUUUGAGAGAUUUCCACCCUCCUGAGAUCCCUCUUCCUCCUCCUGUAUUCUUGUCAUGUCUCUGUUAAAGUCACAUUUGUUAUAUGUUUUUUCUUCAAUAAAUUAAUCUUUCAAAUAACUCAAUUAAUAAAAUAUUCCUGCUCAUUAAAACACAGACCUGAAAAAUAAUAUAAAUGCUUUUGCUCCUAGUGAAGUACCACCACCAAAGACAUCACACUAUUGCACUAUUUGCAGUAAACAUCUGAGAAGUUUGUGGUUGGCUUAUUAAUUUUUUUAACUAUACAUUUUAUUUUUACAGCCAAAUCUAAUUGUAUUAAUAAUUUUUCUCAUUUAUUUCUAAUACCCAAAUCUCAUACCCCACUAGGGGUUGAAAAUAAUUAAAUUUUUUCUACAUUUUAUAUAAUUUCUCUACACAAUAAAGCUCUUUAAUGUAGUGAGAUUUUGUUUGGGUGGAUGGUGUGAGGUGAGGAACUACAUGGAUCUUUAUUCCAAGAAACUAACCAAGUGUCCCCACCCCAGCUAUGGAAUAUUUUCUCUUCUCCGCUGAUUCAUAGGCCUGGUCUCUGUGCACAGUGUCCAUUCUGGUCUAUCUGUCCUGUUCCAAUGGCUCUUUCUUCCAUCACUACCACACUGUUUCAGUUAUUGCAACUUUAUCAUCUUUCAGUGGCUCACAAGACUAUUUCUAUCUGCACCGCAUCACUUCCUCAAAAAACCUCAUUAUUGUAUCCACCUUUUCUUUCAUAUAAAUAUUAGAACAAGUCUGCCAAGUUCUGAGAAAAACACCUAUGGGGAUUUUUAAAAUCAGAACUGAAUAAACCUAUAAAGCAAUUGACAGAAGUGGAAGUCAGUUUAACACGGGAUCUUCCCUGCCAAGGAGGGGCUCUGUUUAAUAUCCCUCAGGAAACCUUGGGAGUGUUCUUCUAAAGAUCAUGUUACUGUUUCACAAGAUGUUUUUCUUGUAUCCUUUAUUUUAUUAUGAAUAAGCAACAUUAUUAUUAUUUGAAUGUUCAAUUCUUAUAAUUUUCACUGUGAAAAUAAUGUAUGAAUUCAGGCCAAGAUGGCAGGUUCUAUGCACAUAUUUACAUCUGAUCCUCCCAAAAUCUUCUAAAAUGACAGCAAAGGGCAUUUUUUAAGACAAAGAUCCCCAGAACAAAAAAUAUGUGAGCUAGGUGGUGAAAAACAAAAUUGGGUGGCUGGACACAGACAGAGGAAUGUGACUGGCUGCGCAGAGCAGAGGAGCUGAGCCCCAAGCCCAGCGUAGGGGAGGCCCAGGGACAGAGACUGACACUGCAGUCCCCAGGAAGGCUCAGCAGCAGCGCCCCAGGCACCCCUGACAGCGGGAGUGAGAGGGCGUCACAACUAGAGGGUGAGCUGGCAAUCUACUGAAGAAGCAAGGAAACCCCUGUGCCCACUGUCCACCCAGCAGAAAGCUGCAGAUUUGCUUCCCAGAAGAAGGAAUCAGAGGGACUCUGGGGGGAGGACCCCAGGGAUUUCUGGGGCCACAGUUCACCCUUAGAACUUGGCAAACUGGUGAACUGAUGAGACCCUAAACGCCUGGACCCCUUUAUGCCUCCCAGGACUCAGGCAGGCAAGCUGGUGGCCCACAGUCCAUCUAGGGCAAGAGAUGAGGAGAUGGUUCUCUGGAAAUCUAUCCGAUGCCCCAAAAGAUCUAGAAAUCCUGACAGAUGCCCCUACAACCCAGUAGCUGGCCAGCACUUGCCUGCAGCCACCCACAGCUUCCAGUCAGCGUGGCUUUGUGUACACUGGGAGACACGGGGCAGGGCGGGGGUGUUGGCCUGCACAGAAUUCCCCAGCCCUGAGGAUGGCACCCUCCCCUCAGCUGUGCCUGGGAUGCCGGGGGCUAGAAACACUAUUUACAAAUCCUGUGAAACUAAAAAUUUGAGUAAGCCUUUCCCAAGACCCACAGAGAGCAAACCAAAGCUGGGGGCAGGGAGAGGGAGAUGCAGAACCACCAGAAACCAGGGGUGGGGGGUGUAGAAGGACACCUUCAAAUAGUUAGAGAUGGUCCACCUGUACCAGACAGGGGUUACCAAGGAGCUUUUCAAACAGAAAGGAGCUCUUAGAAAUUAAAGAUAUAAGAGCAAAAAUGGAAAACUGGGUAAAAAGAUUGAGAUACAAAGUAUGUGUGAAUCUCUCAGGAAGUACAACAAAGGUCAAAGAUUUGAAAGCUAUCAAGGGUUGGAUAGAGGCCCUAUAAAAGCAUGUCCAUAUCCCAAUUCCCAGAACCCGUAAAUAUUACCUUAUAUGGUGACACGUGAUUCAGUUCAGGAUUUUGAGAUGAGGAGGUCAUCUGGGGUUAGCUGGCUGGGCCCUAAAUGCAGACACAGGUCCUUUUAAGAGGGAGAUUUGACAGGGGCACAUUCCCAAAGGUUCUGCCAACUUAUACUCCCCUGUACCAAAACUGGGUGUUUUCCUCCACUCACAUUGCUUAAAAAAAACAAGGCCUCCUGUUUAAUCUGCAUUUUAAAAAAUUAUGAAAGGAGAUUAGCAUCAGGGUUAUAUUAUUUUCUGCAGUGAAUUAGAAUGGCAGAGAGUUUUCCCUAUUUGUCUAUGUUCUGGAACCUUCUGUUUGGGAAUUAUCUUUUCCUUAAAUUUUCUCAUGAAUUUAUCCAUGAAACCCACCUGCACUUCAAAUGUUUAUGAAAGGCAUAAACACUUAUUAUUAAUAGUGUUCUCAAUUUCUUCUUGGUCUACCCAUUAGUUAAAAUUGACUGUUUCUUAAAUUCAUUAAAAAAAUUUUGUUUCAGAAAGUCAUCCAAUUUGCAGAGGUUUUUCAUUUAUCCACCUACAGUUGGGCACAGGCUCACUCGUAAUUCCAGCGGACUCUUGUUGGGUUUGUUUCUUUGUUUUUUCUCUCAGUAACCACUUCUGCAUUUAUUAUUCCUACUGCUGUCCUGUUUCCUAAUAAACUGAUUCCCACAUAGGUUUUCAUUUUUUCUUCUGCUCAGUUUUCUCAGGGCUGGCUUUUGUGUUUGAUAUUUUUUCUUUGGAAGUUGAGUAUUUCAUUAAAAAAAAAUGUUUUCAUAUUUAAAUACUAGAAGUGUUGAAUGCUAUAAAUUUAACUGUUAGUGUAGCUUUAGUUUUGUUUUCCAUACAUAUUAUUCUUUUUAUUUUAUCUGGCAUGUUGGCUUAUUUUAUCUUUGAUUAAGAACUUUCUAUCUAAAUUUUUUAAUUCUCAAUUGAGGGAUAGUAUUUACAUCUUUAUCAUUAAUUUCUAAUUAGAGUGGACAAUAAAUUUGUUCCACACUAACAUGAAAAUUUUAUUGGAGUUGGGUUUUUUACCUUUAUUUGCCCAAUUUUUUAGAUUAAAAGAAGGUGCAAGUAAAAGAAGGUAGGAUUUAGGUAUUAUUUUAAUCUUAAAACCACAUUCCAAUAUAACCUAGGUGCUUUACAGAUGUUGUUGCACUUAUGAAAGCAAGCAUGUAAGAGGGCAAUUACUGGAUGAUUCCACUUAUAUGAGUUCCCUGGAGAAGUAAAACUGAUAGAGACAGAAAGUAGAAGGGUGGGUGCUCAGGCUGGGGUGGGUGGAGUGGAAUGGGGAGUUAGUGGUUAAGGGGACAGAGUUCAGUUUGGGAAGAUAAGCAUAUUCUGGUGAUGGAUGGUGGUGACAGUUGCACAAUAAUGUGAAUGUAUUUAAAGCCAUUGAACUAUACCCUUAAAUAUGACUAAAAAGGGUAAGUUUAUGGUAUGUACCUUUUAUCACAAUUAAAAAAAAUUUAACCCUGGGCACAGUCAUCCCUGUUUGUAGUGAUGCACUGGGGCUGAGGCCACACCCCUGACAGGCAGUAGCUUCGAGGUUCACACUGAGUGAUAUGGAGUCUAAGCCUUCAGAAUCCCACCUUGCUCCUCCCCUCCCCAUGUGAGAGCUUCAGACAUCUGUUCCCCACCUCCUAGAACCCCCCAAACUGGGGAUCAAGGAGUGACAGUUUCACCCAGAUACCUCCUGUCCUCCAGGUGACUUUGCUGAUUUUUCCUGUCU